GAGAGGUUCUCAUUCUCAUAAUCGUUGAAAUAGGAUUGAAGCGAAACCACCGCUGCGACCGAAACCACCACCGCUAUGAGGCAACCGCGUCCACGGUUGUUGUCGCCGCCGGCGGUCUUACCAGAGGAACUCAUCGCCGAGAUUCUCUAUAGGCUUCCGGUGAAAUCCCUUCUGCAAUUCAGGUGCGUCUGCAAAUCCUGGAAAACCCUAAUCUCCAAUCCCCAAUUCGCGAAGGACCACCUUCGCAUCUCAAUCUCCAAUACAAGCUUAACCCACCAACGAUUGGCCUCUUUCACCAACGACAACUAUGGUUAUUACAGAAUGGAAACAUGUUCUGUGCCUUCAUUGUUCGAAAACCCAUCAACCCCUGCGAAAACCCUAAGCUUCCAGGUAGAACCCUACAAUAACCAAUUUAUUGUAGGUUCUUGUGAUGGGCUGGUAUGUUUUUGUGAUCAAAAUGGUUAUUUAAGAUUGUGGAACCCUUGUACUAGAUUGGAAUCUAAGAAAUCGCCGCCCGUGGAUUUAAAACCGGGCAGGGUGAAUCAUCGGUGGUUCUGGGAUUAUGGCGGUUUGGAGAAACGGUUCGCACAUUAUGGGUUUGGUUAUGAUCAAGUUAAUGACAAGUACAAGGUGCUAAUUGCUGACAGUCGCCAUGGCACUCUUUAUGCGACGAGAGUUCAUUCCUUUGGUACUGAUUCUUGGACAACCAUUCAGAAUUUCCCGUGCGCGCUCACUUCGCAGGUGGGAAAAUUCGCGAGCGGUACUCUGAAUUGGCUGGCGCGGAAAGGGGAUGGUUCCAUUAAAUCUUUGAUUAUUUCAUUUGAUCUGGAGAAGGAGACUUAUGGUAAAGUGUUGCUCCCUCCACAUGUGGAUGGUGAUGAGUUGGAUGUCUUGAGUAGCUGUCUUUGUUUGUGUGAAUUUAACGGAAUUCAUUGUGGCCUGUGGUUGAUGAAAGAGUAUGGUAUUCAAGAGUCUUGGACAAAAUUGGCCUCAAUUCCUUACGGGGGGGUGCAUUAUACCUUAUAACUUUAGCCCCUUGUGCAUUUUCAGAAAAUGGUGUUGUUCUGGGAUCUGUAAAUCUCCAAUUAGUUAUGUAUAACCCAAAUAGUGACACGUUUGAUUUUGAUUAUCCUAAGAUCAAUAAAAGGUUUAGACAGGAUAUAUAUGUUUACCAUGGGAGUUUAGUUUCACCAUAAUUGAUGAUGAUAAUCAAGGAAGUCCCAUUGAAGAGGAGAGGGAGAAAGCAUUCGAAGGACUCCAAGGACCAAUGACAGGAGAAAAUGCAAAAAAGAUAAAGCUGGAUCUGAAGAAGAUGGUCACAUUUUAAAGUAUAUCAAUUGCAUAUAUUUGAAAGAAGCAGGAUACUCUGGUGCCUUACCAUGGUCAACCAGGAUGAAAAUUGCAUUAGGUGCAGCUAAGGGUCUGGCUGGCCUUCUUUCCCAAAGAAGAUAAACCAGUAAUAUACAAAUAGCAAUAAGGUCUUCAAUUUAUUUUUGAUGAAUUUGGGGUUCAUGCUUUAAAAUGAUAUAUUGAUAGCUUAUGGAUUCCAUAAUUGCUCAUGAGGAAAGACAAGUUGAUUCAAACAUGCUAUGAAUUAGUUACUUUAAUAUUUUAAUCAGAAGUUAAUUUAUUUCA